AUGCAGAACCAAGUCAUCGUCGUCGGAGGUGGUCUCAGUGGUCUCAGCGCGGCUCACACCCUCUAUGAGCGCGGAGCCUCGACGCUCGUCCUUGACAAGGUCGGUGUUCGGCCUCUUCCAGGUGCUCUCCCGUCCGCCCGCUUGAAUGAAGCGUGAUUCGUGUCCAUGUGCCGGUUCCGACCAAUCGCGUCGGCGGCAUUGCACGCUGUGCACGGCCCCACACCCUGCCCAUUUCCCCAUCAUCUCCCACACUACACGACCGCAUUUUUGAGCUCCCUGAAACUGACCUCGACCCCUUGGCAUCCACUGCGCUUCGUUACUGCAGAACCCCUUCUUUGGUGGCAACUCGACCAAAGCCACGUCCGGCAUCAACGGCGCCGGCACCAAAGCCCAGGCGAACCUCAACAUUGCCGACUCAGCCAAGACGUUCUUUGACGAUACCAAGAAGUCGGUGAGUUGACUAUUCUGCAUUUUGCACGACUCUGUCGUGGCUAUGUUACAGCGUGGCGGCCCCGUCGGGCACCGGCGUUCAAUGUGGCGCCGCCGUGCCGUGAGCCGCCUAGCGUGCCUUGGAGGCGUUCCCCGGACUUUUUCCUCCCCGUUCGACAUCCGCGUCCCGGGCGGGGACCCCGGCGCGCUAGCUCGCGCGAUGCUGAUUCGUCCCUCCUCUCCUGCUUCAUCCUUGAUGUAUUCUUGUUAGGCUCGUGACCUCGCCCGCGAUGAUCUCAUUGAGGUCCUCACCGGCCAAUCUGGUGACGCCGUCAACUGGCUCAUGGACAAGUUCGGGUGAGUGCACUCGCAUUGCUACCUCGUGCUUACUCUGGGGCGCUCGAGACGUCUGCGCGCGCGCCAGGCGCUUGGCUCCUCAACAUCGGUGCUGACUUCCAGCUUUGAUUUUUUGCGGCCGCGCCUUGCCUUUUCCUCAUUGGUCUCUGCAGCCUCGACCUCUCCAAGGUCUCUCGUCUCGGUGGCCACUCGUACGAGCGGACCCACCGUGGUGGUGCUCAAUUUCCUGGUAUGACCAUCACCGUGAGUUUUCUUCGCUCCUCCAUAGCCGGAGUGUCUCAGACGGGAUAGAGCCAUCGCGUGCCUGUUGUGGCACUCUUGUCGGUCCAUUGCAUAGCAAUAUCCUGACUGUCUAGCUUGCGCCUGCGUGAGCCUGCAACAGUUCGCGCAAAUGGAGGCGCUUGAGGACUUGGCCCAAGCCGACCCCGAGCGAGUCAAGAUUCUCAAGAAGGCCGCCGUCACCAAGCUCAUCAAGGAGGGCGACGAAGUUGUCGGUGUCGAGUACGAGUACCAAGGUAGCACACACAAGGCCUAUGGCCCCGUUGUCCUCGCGACCGGUGGUUACGCCGCUGAUUUUUCCAAGAGCGGUCUCUUGCAAAAGUACCGCCCCGACUUGAUGCAUCUCCCGACCACCAACGGCGACCAUUGCACCGGCGACGGCCAAAAGAUGGUCAUCGACAUCGGCGGUAACGGUAUUGAUCUCGAGAAGGUCCAGGUCCACCCCACGGGUUUGGUUGACCCCAAAGAGCCCGACGCCAAGGUCAAGUUCUUGGCCGCCGAGGCACUGCGAGGUGUCGGAGGUCUGCUGCUCGACGCCGAGGGCAACCGCUUCGCUGACGAGCUCGGCCACCGUGACUAUGUCACCGGUCGCAUGUGGGACAACAACAAGUUUCCCGUUCGAUUAAUUCUUAACGGUGAGGCGUCCAAGGAGAUCGAGUGGCACUGCAAGCACUACUGCGGUCGCGGUUUGAUGAAGCGAUUCGAGACCGGAGAGGAGGUGGCCAAGGAGAUGGGUCUGCCCAAGGAUAAGCUCGCCCAGGUCUUUGCCGAUUACGUGGCCGUCACCAAGGACCCCAAGAAGGACCCCUUUGGCAAGAAGUUCUUCCACAAUACCGACUGGAGUCUUACGUCGGGUCCCUUCCAUGUCGCUUUGAUGACUCCCGUUCUCCACUAUACGAUGGGAGGUGUCGAGAUCGACCCCGCUUCGCGAGUUCUCGAUACGGCUGGCAAGCCGAUCCCCGGCCUUUUCGCAUCGGGCGAGAUCGCCGGUGGUGUCCACGGUGCGAACCGACUCGGUGGAUCUUCUUUGCUCGGCUGCGUCGUCUUCGGCCGUGUCGCCGGUGCUUCGGCUGCCUCGUACUUGCUCAAGUCGAUCUCGACCUCCGGCAAGGCCAACUCGCGUCUCAACCAAGUCGGUGGCCACCUCGGCAUGGCUACGACUGUGCGUAUCGACCCUUCGUCGAAGAAAGUUCAUCUCGAGUUCUCAUGGGACGACCAAGGUGCUUCGUCUUCGUCUUCCUCGGGUGCCGGUGUCGAGACCGGUGGCCCGGUUGGUGAGGCCAAGGCCGCCACGCCCGCUCCCGCCCCUGCCAAGGAAGAGGCGCCCGCUCAACAGGAGUACACGCUCGAGGAAGUCGCCAAGCACACCACCAAGGAUGACUGCUGGGUUGUCGUUAACGGGCAGGUGCUCAACACGACCGACUUCUUGGCUGAUCAUCCUGGAGGACCCAAGGCCAUUCUUCUCUACGCUGGCAAAGGUUGGUUUCUCAUCCUUGCUUACACUUACCCUUCAGAGAACCACCAAUUGACCCUUCCUGUCUGAUUGACGUCUAUCAGAUGCGACCGAGGAGUUCUUGAUGGUCCACGAGGCUUCAGUUAUCUCCAAGUACGCGAAAAACACCAUCAUCGGCACCUUGAAGAAAUAA